GCUGCUGGCUGGAGCUGCAGAUCGGCUCGCUCCUCCGCCGCCGCUGGAUGUGUACGCAAGCCGCGCGCUCUUCUGCACGGACGCUCACAAAUAUCGCACUCUUUCUGGAUUGUUUUUUUGUUUCUGAUGUUUCUCAAGUGCUCUCCGAUGCAGAGAAAUGGGUAAACUUCAUUCCAAACAUGCUGCUAUCUGUAAAGCGAGGGAGAGUCCUGAAGGCGAUAGUUUUGUAGUUAACGCGUGUUUGGCGAGGAAAGGACUGGAUGACUGGAUGGUUAAACAGAAGUAUUACUGCUCGAGCUCUCGUGUUGAUCAGCGGGACUGCCAGCAGAAAAACAACUGCGAGCUGUCUCCACGGGAUCCUCUGGAUGAAGGAUAUGCUGAAGGUAUCAGCGAUGAACAUUAUCGUUUAGAAGUGGCUCUGCCCCCUGAGAAGACAGACAGCUGCAGUGUGGAAGAGAGAAUGCAGGGCACUGAAGGCUCUGCCACUGUCGGCCCACACAAACAACUACAGUUUGAGGAGCUGGAGUGUGCUGUAUCAGUGGAAGAAGAUAACAGACAAGAGUGGACUUUCACUCUCUACGACUUUGAUAACAAUGGCAAGGUCACAAGAGAGGACAUCACAAGUCUUCUGCACACUAUAUAUGAAGUGGUGGACGCGUCAGUGAAUCACUCUCCCAGCAGCAGUAAGACCCUCAGAGUCAAACUGUCUGUGGCUCCAGACUCCAGCCAGAGAUGGAAGAACUGCACUCAGACUAACACAGACACCCCCAAUCCCAAGCAUAAGGGAGAAAAGUGCAUAGAGGACUCCAAGACUUCAGAGAAGAAGUCAAGAGCUUUUCUUAGACGUUAUCAUGCCGAGCACCACAGCCAGCAGGGUUGCCAGCGGCACUGUGUGGAUGAGAACCUGGAGAGAAGAAACCAUUAUCUUGACCUGGCCGGCAUUGAAAACUACACAUCCCGCUUUGGAACAGCUCCUGCCACCGAACCGGCAAAACCUACCCACGCCACCCGUUCGUCCAAUCAGAGCCGCUCGCGCUCUCAAGAACCAGAGAAUGGCCAGGUUCACCCGGCUCACCAUCGCCGCUCACAGACCAUGUCCACAGAUCCUCCUGCCAUCCUUACCCGACACACACAUGCUCUUCGAUCCCCGAAAACCCACCGCACGCCACCCACCCAGGCCUCAGCAGGCCGAGUUAUGAGGAGAGGAGCACCACCUCCCCCAUCGGUCCCCAACCAGACCCCUCCACACCAAAGCUCAGGCCCAUAUCGACGACACAAGCAGAGGCCUAAAGAAGCGCUGCACUACAGGGCCCUGGGCCCGAGUGUGACAUCCGGCCCAGUGCUGGAGAAAGAACACGUGAGGGAUCUGCCCAGUCUGGUGCUUUAUGAAGGAGGACUCGCUCAAGUUGUCCAGAGACACGAGCAUCAUCAUCAUCACGAGCAUCACCAUCACUAUCAUCACUUCUACCAGUCCUGAAAAGUCAAGCAGGAGAGACAUGUAACUAAUCAAUGAUCUUAAAUCUUCUUGCACGGCCACCUUGAGGCCGAGAAGGACACAAGGCAUCCCGAUCACGUGUGUGCAUUUGUGUGUGUAUAUAUAUAAAUAUAUAUAAGUGUGUGUGAGAGAGGUUGUGUGGGUCGGUAUGAAUGUGUUCAUUCCUGUCUUUGGCAGCAGGAGCUUUGGACAGGUUUACAUACUAUGUAAGGGCUCUUUGUUUCCAUUUCUUGCUCUCUUUCUCUCUCCCUUCAUAUCUUGCUCUUUUAAUGCUUUUCUGAUUGGUUGAAAAGGUGAUCAGCCCUGGUAAAUGAAGAAUUUUGAGUUGUCGAAACCACUUUUGAAGGAAUUCAAUUCCUUGGUUUUGUAAUUUACAUUAUGUUGGUGUGCGUGCGUGCGUGUGUGUGUGUGUGUGUGUGUGCGUACAUGUGGAUCUGCGAGUCAUUGUGUGCCUAAGGAGUCUUUUUUACACUUAUCCUGUUUUUCUUUCUUAUAUUUUCCACUGAAGACCACUUGAAAAGCACUUCUUGUGCCAUUGCAUUCGAGACACUUUAUCUACGAAGAGCUUCUCUCGGAAACAGCAGAUCUAAAUCAACACCUUUAAAAAUGCAAUACAGGACACAUGUACAGAAAGAGCCAGUAAAGACGCUCAAACUGUCAGAGAGAACUUUGUUGAAGGACGGUGUGAGGACUACACUCUACCAAUCGACAUGAAGAAAACAGAGCAUCAUAAUCAGCUGCUACCUCUAGUAUUAUUAUUAUUAUUAUUGUUAUGAUUAUCGGUAUUAUUGACAUCAUUUUUUUAUUAUUCAGAUUUAAUUUUUUUAUUUGUCUGUUUUAAUAUGCCACCAAUCUGCAGUUAUGUCAAGAUGUACUGGAUUGAAAUCCAUCGUAAGCUUUAUUACUGAAACAUUUGUAUUCAUUGUUUUUGUUUUGUUGUUGUUUUAAUGUUUUCCUGUCCCCGUAACAUUAAGCUGAUUUCAUUGUAAGACCACUAGGCAUCAGAGUUUAUAGUUAAUUAUGUGCAUCAUACAAUAUAUUGAUUGAAGAAUAAUGUUCUGAGGUGUGUUAAACAUAAUUUAUUUGAAAAAACGUAUUCCUGUCAUGUUUAUGGCAAGUCAAAUCAGUUGAUUGGAAAACACUGAAUAUAGUUUAUAUUGUAUGACACAAUAUUAUACAUGAUAUUGUAACUGCAGCUGGUUUAGUUGUGGUUUUAACUUUGUCUUAUUAUAAGUUCAUUCAAGUUGUCCAGUUUGACCUUGUAAAGUGUGAAGGAAUCUGUGCUGCCAAGGAUCAAUAGCGCUUUCAUUUUCUCAGGUUCAUUUGUUUCCCAUUUUAGUCACUGAUUUGACAAGAUGAGCUGUAAACCACUGGACUACAUGGACAUUUUGCUUGCAAAUCAUUUUCUUUUAGACUCCCAAAAUAUGUCUACAGACUGAAUUUUGGUUUUGUACACCAUAUGGUAGUGCCUUUAGCUUAGUAUUGGCAGAAGUGAGAAUAGUAGCAUAAAAAAAAAGAUUUAUUUGGUUUAUUUGAAGUUCAUCUGUUCCCCUGCAGCAGUUUUAAACAGCGUUCAAAUAGUACAUUAUGAAUCUAUUUUAGGUUCGACGUAUUCCAAGUCACCUAGAGGGAGUGAGUGUGUAUGGCAGCUGUCUCAUUCCUCAGGGGCAGGAUGACAGUAUCGCCGCCUAGGAGUCUCCAGUCCUCCCAUAACUCACCAGUACCCCACUGACAGAGACUUAAUGAGUGUGCGUGAGCUUCCGAAAACAACAUUACAGAAGAUUAUGAAGCAGAACAGCCGUCCGCUGUUGAGCAGGUGUGUGUUGAAACUCACAGCAGGUCCUUUAAUAGUAGCUGAAUUUAAUAUAAUCUAGCUUGAUAAUAAUGUGUCAACAUGGAGAGCAUUUAACAUAUUAAGAAUUAGCCUGUUAUUGUGAGUGAUGAGGUGUGUUUAUUCUGUUUGGAUAGAGCCUGACUCUUCUGCUCAGUAGGACGGUGGAAAUGUGAGAGCAUCACUCUACACGAAACUGUAGAAAACACACCUGCAGCUUCAGGGUGGUCUCAUCAUGGCUAGUAAGUCAGUGACACUCGACCUUCACUCGGUCUCGCUGUUGCAGGGGAAUGAAUGUGUGGUAUGAAGCUUAGUUCUCCCUCUCGUUUUAUCAUACUGUCUUUCCUUACAGUGGGCUGUCUCCAUUUUAAACAUGUUUUGCUGCUAAAAAAUGCACCGAUGGCUUGGAGAGAAAAUAAAAAGUUGAAACACGAGCAAAAUAUAUGAAUGCACAGUCAAUUCAGUUAUAAUGUUAAUUAAUUUACAUCCUAAAGUGGUUAAUUUUUUAACAAAUCACCAUAUUGUUUAAUGUCUGAUAGGGUCAGAAAUAUGGAAGGCUAUCGGGGCCAAAAGUCUUUCGACAAAAUGCAUUGAAUUUGGUGGUGAACAUGUACUUUAUGAUCAGAUGAAUUUCAAAUGAAUGAUUUAUGAAGUUUAGAUGGCAGUUUUGGAGGUGCACAGUGUGAACCAGUUGAUGUAUCAGGUUUUUUUUUUUAGGAAAAUGUUAAAUCUGAUGUUUUGAGUUUUUGUCUUGCUUCUUGUCCAAAUAUCUAAAAGUUUUUAAAUCAAGAAGUAUUUUCUAGAGAAGCAAAAGUUAUUGUCUUGUUUUUUUAAAAUUAGGUCUGCUAAACAAAUCUGCCAAUGGGGUAAGAAAAAAAAAACUUAUUUCAUAGAGAAAAACAAGUUUAUUUAACUUGGCAUUUUUGUAGUGCCUAUCAAAAUCUGUAUUCUUGAAGCUGGGUGUUGUGUUCCCUUCCAGUUGAACCAGCAAAAAAAAAAAAAAAAAAAGAAAAGAGCCCAAAGAUGGCCCAUUUUCCCCAGGAACGUUGCAACACGAAGGGUGAGAAAAUGUCUGAAGAGUUGUUGUUAGAGCCUGCAGUUUUUAACGAAUUGGUAUGAAUCCUGUUCUGAGCAGGUCAAAUAGAACCAAGAGGGUUACGUUUGUACACUACAAUAACCUUCAGAAAUAAACACGAUUUAAUGUUUGCACACAUAAAGCACAACAUGCUGUCUCAUUUAUAUAAAUUGGCGGUUGUGCUUGUUAGUGCAUUGACAUGGUCUAGCUGCUUUUGGCCCUAUUGACCUUCCAUACAAUUGUAGCUUGUUGGUUGUACAUAUGGCAUGAGUGGACCACUGUGGUGAUAACAGAAAGAGUCUACGCUGAGUAUCUGGAUGAUCGACUAUUUUGUAUAGUGCCAUUUGUACCUAUAUAACAUUUCUUGAUUUCUGUUGUGCUUUUGUUUAGUGUGAUUGACUGUGUUGGGUGACACACUCUUUCAGACACACUCAAAGUGAUUCAUGGAGGUGCUUGUAUAUAAAUAACACAAUGUGGUAGCAUUACAUGCCACACCACAACACUAGUACAGACAACUUGUGUCUUUUCGUAAUCAUUUUUCAUGCUUUUUUUUUUUUUAGUUUAUAUAGAUGGAUGGAAACAAUUGCUUUAUUUAUUAAAAGCAGACCUGUGCCAAGAGAAAAAUCUUACAUUAAAAGCUGAACUGUUGCAUAC